UUCAAGUUCACAUCUAAACCAAGCCAUCGUAACGAAAAUUCUGCCUUGUUUCCUGAUUUUAAUAUCGAUAUUUGUCCCCCUCCCGGUCUUGCUCCUGAUGUUGAUUUAUAUAUCUUUCGAGUAUUUACAGAUUCACAAAUAUCUUACACAUCAUGGUUUCUUGAUGCUUUCAAUUAUGCAAUUGCAAGGCGCUUGGACGUUAUAAAUUUGAGCAAUGGAGGUCCGGACUUCCUUGACAAGCCUUUUGUGGAAAAGGUAAUUUCUAGAUUAACUUAA